GACGGAGGUAAAUACUUAAAAGUCAAAAAGUGGCAAUAAAACAAGCUAAAAAUGUAACAAAAUUUCGCCCCACAAAAAAAAUCCUUUGCAAUUUUGGUGGCGCCUUUUCAAACGGCUAAGUGCUAAGUUGCUAACUGAGAGAGAGAGAAAAUAUGUCGACGGCGAGAUUUCUCUUCACCAACGGCGUCCUUUUACCACCGCCGGAGACGCCGUCGAUCGCCACAUUUCUCGAAACAAACCCAGGUGCAUAUACCACAACUCGAACCCACAACAAUGGCGAAUUCAUCUUGUUUUGGGAUCGCCACAUCAAGAGACUCUCCAAUUCCCUCCAAUUUCUUCUCAAGUCAAGCCCACAACUCGUUUUCGGGCCCCGGUUUUCUGGGUCUUCCUCAUUUUCAUCCUCCAUGAAUUGGGAGUGUUCAAUACGCCGUCGCGUUAAUGAUGCGAUGGGGAAUGCGCUGCCGGUUGCGAUUAAGGAGAGGAGUUAUGGCGAGGAGUUGGCGAUUUCGAUGCUUGUUGGAGGGAAUUUUGAGGGAGUGAAUGGAAUUCAAGGGAGGAUUGAGGAGGAGAUGAUUGAUAGGGCAUUGGAUGUGUAUGUGCAUAUUGGAAUGUAUGUGCCGCUGGUGUUUGGCGCGGAGGGGAAUGGGGCGCGGUUGGCUGUUGUUGGAUGUAGGAGGGAUUUUGCUGAGGCUAAGUACUCUGAUUGGGCAAGGCUAAGGAAGCCUUUGGAAAUGUUGAGACCUCCUUUUGCUACCGAACUAUUGUUGUCAGAUAAUGGUGAUCGGAUACUUGAAGGGACGAUAACAAAUUUCUUUGUAGUUCGUUUUAAGGGAAACAUUGAAGCCUCCGGGAAAAGCUCAUUCAAUGAUGGAAGUUUGCUGUCGUAUGAAUUACAGACAGCUCCUGUAAAUGAUGGUGUCCUUCCUGGGGUUAUUCGUCAACUAGUGAUUGAAAUAUGCUUGAGCAAGGGCAUUGCAGUUCGAGAAGUAUCACCGUCUUGGUCAGAACGUGACAGUUGGGAAGAAGCAUUUGUUACAAAUAGCUUGAGACUUCUACAGCAUGUAGAAACAAUUCAAGCUCCUCGGUCAUGGACAUCACUGGAAUCAAAAUCAUGGAAAGAAGUGUCGUGGCUGGAGAAGAAUUUUAAGGGGACUCCAGGGAUGAUUACGACAUUAAUUCAGAGCUAACAAUAAGACCCCCCAAAUCUGAAUCCCGGGUUCUCUUCUUCUGUGGAUCAGAAUCCCACAUAAAGUUUGCACAAAUCUGGUCAAUGUUCUGGAGGGUUUUUUGAGGUAAAUACAACACCUGCAUUGAGUAGCUUGCUAUAGCACUCAGAGAGGAUUUUAUCAGCACUAGCCUACCAGCUUUACUAAGGUAUUUGGCCUUCCAUGAAGCAAGUUUACUUUUGAUUUUCCUACAGAUAUUUGAUGUUUGAUUCUUGGUUGGUCUUUUAUCUGUAAGAGGGAAACCUAGGUAAGUACCUAUGUCUGGACUUGGCUGAACCUGAAGUGACUCACAGAACAUAUCUUUUUGGUUUUGGAGGGUAUACUUGGAAAAGUAUAUUUUACUCUUAGCAUUGUUCAUUUUUUGGCCUGAGCAUUCCCAAAAAUUUCCAAGAACUUCCUUCAUGAUGUGAAGAGUUGAAAUAGAGGUGUCCCCAAAUAAUAACAGGUCAUCUACAAACAUCAGGUGGGUGAUUGGUAUGUCAUUUCUCCUUAAACAGAAGGGUUUCCAUUUCCCUUUAUUUGCAGAGUCAGAAAUUAUCAGCUAGGUGCUCCAUGCGAAUGAUGAAAAUGUAUGGGGAUAUAGGAUCCCCUUGGCUAAUUUCCCUGGAGGUCUUAAAGGUAGGGGAAGGCUUACCAUUCACAAUGACAGAGGUGGCAGGGGAGGCAACACAGUUAAGGAUGAGAUCAGUGGAAUUCUUAUCAAACCCUUUCCUAGCUAGGCAGAACCUAACAAAGUUUCAUUCCAGUCUAUCAUAAGCCUUUUCUAGGUAAAUUUUAAAAGCAAACCACCCAAAUUUUCCUUUCCUAGAUUUCAUGGAGUGCAAGAUUUCACAAGCUGCAAUGUAGUUAACUUCACACCCUCUUCCAGGAAGGAAGCUGUUGUGAUUGGGGGAGAUAAUGUCUUUAAGGUGGGGUCUGAUUCUAUUAACAAGGAUCUUAGACACUAUCUUAUAGCUAGCAUUACAAAGGCUGAUG